GAGGAGAGAUCUCACACACUGUUACACAGCCUGCAAGCAACAGGCAGGAUAAGAAGGGAUCUGAAGUGCAGGAUCCUGGGAUCCAUCUACCCCUGAGAUCCACUCGUCUUCACUGGACUCAAGCAUCUUCUGCAAAAGGGGGGAAGAAGUGAAAGGUGCAGCAGCUGCUAACAGGAUGCACCAUGAAGAGAGUUCACCCAUGCUUAGACCCAGAUAUGGCUCAAUCGUGGAUGAUGAAAGGCUUUCUGCAGAGGAAAUGGAUGAGCGAAGGAGACAGAACAUUGCCUAUGAGUAUUUAUGUCACCUAGAGGAAGCCAAAAGGUGGAUGGAAGCUUGCCUUGUUGAAGAACUGCCGCCAACUACAGAACUGGAAGAAGGUUUAAGAAAUGGGGUUUAUUUGGCAAAGUUAGGCAGAUUUUUUGCUCCGAAAUUGAUAUCUGAAAAGAAGAUUUAUGAUGUGGAACAGACAAGGUUUAAGCGCUCUGGUUUACACUUUCGGCACACAGAUAAUACCGUACAGUGGUUACGGGCUAUGGAAUCAAUUGGACUUCCUAAGAUCUUUUAUCCAGAGACCACAGAUGUUUAUGAUCGGAAAAACAUCCCUCGUGUUAUAUAUUGCAUCCAUGCUUUAAGUUUAUACCUGUUUAAGCUUGGCAUUGCUCCUCAAAUACAAGACUUACUGGGCAAAGUGGAUUUCACAGAGGAAGAGAUCAGUAACAUGAGGAAAGAGCUGGAAAAGUAUGGGAUCCAGAUGCCGUCAUUCAGCAAAAUUGGAGGGAUUCUCGCGAAUGAACUCUCUGUGGAUGAAGCAGCCUUACAUGCAGCUGUAAUAGCAAUAAAUGAAGCAGUGGAUAAGGGAGUGGCCAGCCAGACAAUGGGGGCCCUGAGGAACCCCAAUACAAUGCUGCUAAAUGUGGCGGAGGGAUUUGACCAGCAGUAUCAGGAUGAGCUCUUCCAAGCUAAGAAAAUAAAAGAAGAUAAUGCAAAAUUAAAGAACAAUAGCAUUUCUGAAGACGAGAGAGAUGUCUAUGAAGAGCUCCUCACUCAAGCUGAGAUACAAGGCCACAUUAAUAAGGUUAACACCAAUUUAGCCUUAGUCCAAGUAAAUGAGGCCAUUGACAGGAAUGAUGAGGCGGGAUUAUUACAGGCUCUGAUGGUUCCUAUGCUGAGUCUAUUUGAUGUUCAGCCACAAAAUUCACCCUGGUACCUGACUCAGUUGUGUAUCGCUAAAGACCAGAAAACGCAGAAAGCAGGUGUCCCCAGUUCUCUUGACAAAAGCGAGAUUCAGAAAGAAGUUAGUGUUGCCAAUAAUGAAGCUGAGGCUCAUGUGCUUACUCCAAUGACCACUUUAUGCAGUGUUGGGAGUAUUCUUUAUGUAUCAGUGCUAGGAGCUGUGGACAAAAUAAAUCAUGCCAUUCACAGUGGAGAUUCCUCCCAGACCCUCGCGGCUCUGCAGCUUCCUGAGGCACAAAUGCCAGCCGUCUACCCAUUUGCAGAAACAUUAUACCAGAACGAACUCUUGAGUCUGCAAAAUCAAAAUCCUGCGAACCACUUGACACAAGAGGAGCUGUAUAUUGCUGUGGAGAUGUUGUCUGCUGUUGCACUGGUGAAUCAGGCCUUGGAGACAAAUGACGUCAGCUCAGUCCACAACCACCUUGUCAGUCCAUCCAUAGGUCUCAAUAAUUUGGAAGAAGACAACAUGCAGCGUUACAUCAGUACACUGGUAUCCAGUAAGAAGCAAGCAGCGACACAAGGACAGAGCUACUUAAGCUGGAAUGAAAUUCAGAACUACGUUGAUGUAGUCAAUAGUGAAGUCCAUGAAGAAAAUGAACGGAUUAUUGCCAUCGCUAUCAUCAAUGAAGCUCUUGAACAGGGUGUUCCUGAGAAGACUCUACAAGCUCUUUUAGCACCAAGUGCCAAACUUCAGUCAGUUUUACCAGAAAACUCUUGGCAUUACCAUGAUGUUCUCCAGGAGGCCAGGGCUCAGAAAUGCAAGGAAUCCAAAGACGAGUCUGCUGCACUGUGGCUGGAUGAAAUACAGAAUGGAAUUAAUGAUUCCAAUCAGGACAGACAAGAUGCAAACAGAGUGGCGGCUGGGGUGACCGAAAUUAACCUGGCUUUGGAAAAGGAUGAGCCUCAAAUUACAUUAGUAGCAUUACAGUCCCCUAAUGCUGGACUGAAGGGAAUCCUUCCAGAGUGUGCUGAGGAGUAUCACAAAGACCUAUCUGAGGCCAAGAUAAAGAAAACAAAUGAAGGUUCUGCAGGGACAGAAGAGAGUCCAUGGCUAAAAGUAACACUGAAAGAUAAAUUUAACUACUAUUAUAAUACGGAAACAAGUGAAGGCUGCUGGUCUCCACCAGAAGCAAUUACUCCGAAAACCACUUGGCUUACCCGAGAGGAUAUACAGACCGUUUGUGGGAAAAUUACCUCAGAUUACAACCGGGAACAGCUGUGGAUGGCCAAUGAAAACCUGAUAACUCUGCUGCAAGCUCACACGAGGGGCUACCUGACCAGGAAGGCAUUUCGGGAGAGGAAAGCUUAUCUCCACCAACAAGGGCCACAUGCUGUUAAGAUACAGGCCUCUUGGAAAGGAUACAAGCAGAGAAAGUCCUACACGGACAGAAUAAAACUACUACAAGGAAACAUUGUAGGCAUUGUUAAGAUUCAGUCCUGGUACCGCAUGUUAAAAGCCAGAAGGGAAUAUCAGAAGAGACAGAAGUUUUUCAAGGAUCAUGAAAAAGAAAUUGUUAAAAUCCAAGCAUUCUUGAAGGCCAACAAAGCAAGGGAGGAUUACCGGACAUUAAUUUGUUCGGAAAACCCACCACUGAACGUUGUGCGAAAGUUUGUUUAUCUCUUGGACCAAAGUGAUUUAGACUUUCAAGAGGAACUGGAAGUUACCAGACUAAGAGAAGAAGUAGUCACCAAGAUUAGGUCAAAUGCGCAACUGGAAAAAGAUCUCAGCCUCAUGGAUAUAAAAAUUGGCUUGCUAGUGAAAAACAGGAUCACUCUACAGGAUGUUGUGUCUCACAGCAAGAAGCUGAACAAGAAGAGCAAAGGUCAAGUAGAAGAGAUGCUGACAGUAGAUAAGCAGGGCAUUAAAGGGCUCAGCAAAGAGAAAAGGAAGAAGCUAGAAGCAUACCAGCAUCUUUUUUAUCUUCUGCAGACUAACCCAACAUACCUGGCCAAGCUGAUUUUCCAGAUGCCUCAGAAUAAGUCCACUAAGUUCAUGGACACUGUGAUCUUUACACUGUAUAACUAUGCUUCCAAUCAACGGGAGGAAUACCUGCUUCUAAAACUCUUCGAAACUGCAUUACAAGAGGAAAUAAAGUCCAAAGUUGACCAGAUACAAGAUAUAGUCACCGGGAAUCCCACAGUGAUAAAGAUGGUGGUCAGCUUUAAUCGAGGAGCCAGAGGGCAGAACACACUGCGUCAGCUCCUGGCACCUGUGGUGAAAGAGAUCAUUGAGGAUAAAUCAUUGAUCAUCAAUACCAGCCCGGUCGAGGUGUAUAAGGCCUGGGUGAAUCAACUUGAAACAGCCACUGGAGAAGCAAGCAAGCUACCUUACGACGUCACCACUGAGCAGGCGUUGUCACAUCCUGAAGUUGUCAGUAAACUGGAGUCUUCAAUUCAGAGUUUACGUACUGUGACAGACAAAGUUCUGCAAUCCAUUUUCUCCUCCCUGGAUCUCAUUCCGUAUGGAAUGAGAUACGUGGCAAAGGUUCUGAAGAACUCCCUGCAUGAGAAAUUUCCUGAUGCCACAGAGGAUGAACUCCUAAAGAUUGUUGGAAACCUCCUUUAUUACCGGUACAUGAAUCCUGCUAUUGUAGCUCCAGAUGGGUUUGACAUUAUUGACAUGACAGCUGGAGGGCAGAUUCAUUCUGACCAGAGGAGGAACCUAGGUUCUGUGGCUAAAGCCCUUCAACAUGCCGCUUCCAAUAAACUAUUUGAUGGAGAAAAUGUCCAUAUGUCUUCAAUGAAUGGCUACUUAUCUCAGACUUACCAGAAGUUUAGAAAAUUUUUUCAAGCUGCCUGUGAAGUUCCUGAACCUGAGGAGAAAUUCAAUAUUGACGAAUUUUCUGACCUGAUCACGCUAAGCAAGCCUAUCAUAUACAUUUCAAUAGAAGAAAUUAUCAAUACUCAUUCGCUGCUUUUAGAACAUCAGGAUGCAAUAUCCCCAGACCACAAUGACGUUCUGCAUGAGCUUCUCGAGGCUCUUGGUACAGUGCCUGACGUCGAGUCUUUUCUUGGUGAGGGAGCAAUUGACUCCAAUGAUCCCAACAAAGAGAAUGCACUCAGUCAGAUGGCAAAAACCGAAAUAUCCUUGUCACUGACCAGCAAGUUUGAUUUGCGGGAAGGAGAAGAUAAGGAUAUGAAGAGCCUAAUGAUCAAAACUAAAAAGUUAAUAGUAGAUGUUAUCCGCACACAACCUGGAGAAAAGCUUUUAGAAAUCUUGGAAACACCAGCUUCCGUGCCGCAGGAAAAUGAACACUUGAAGGUUAUUGAGAAACGUGCUGUUUUAGAUGCCAGGACACCAGAUAAAAUGAAGAGAAGUCAGUCUGUUUUGGAAGAUGGUCAACUGCCCCUGGAACAAAAGAAAAGGAAAAUCCUUAGGAAUCUUCGCACUUUAGAACAAGCUGGACUAGUGACAGAAGAAAUGAAAUACCAAGAAAUCAUCAAUGAGAUUGCUAAGGACAUCCGUAACCAAAGGCGACACAGGCAACGGCGAAAAGCUGAACUUGUAAAGUUACAGCAAACGCUGAAUGCCCUAAACUCUAAGACAGCAUUCUUUGAAGACCAGAUAACCUAUUAUAACACAUACAUCAAGACCUGUCUGGACAACUUAACUAGGAAGAAUUCAAGGCGUUCCAUAAAAGUGGAUGGGAAAGGAGAGGAGAAAGGUAGUAAAAAAAUGAAACAGACUUCUCUUAAAUACACAGCGGCAAGACUACAUGAAAAGGGCGUUAUUCUGGAAAUAGAAGGCCUGCAGACCAACCAAUUCAAAAAUGUUCUCUUUGACAUCACACCCAGCGAUGAAGUUGGUGAUUUUGAAGUAAAGGCAAAGUUUCUUGGGGUGGAAAUGGAAAAGGUCCAGCUUCACUUUCAGGAUCUACUGCAAAUGCAGUAUGACGGCGUUGCUGUGAUGAAAAUGUUUGACAAGGCAAAAGUCAAUGUGAAUCUUCUCAUAUUUCUGCUAAACAGGAAAUUUUAUGGAAAAUAAUAAUAUAAAUUCAGGUGAACACACGGGACCACUUGGGUUGAAUCAAUAUAAAAAUUAUUUUUUGUAACUUUUUUUAAUUUAAUAUAUUAAUUCAAGUCCUUUUGAGAGCAAAAUCUAUUUGAAUUAAAUAAAAAAAGAUUUAGUAAGUAACCAAAAUUUGUAAGCUGAUUGCAUUAAGGUGCCUUUAACCCCUUCAAUGACAGGGAAAUCUGGGCUCCCCUGAGCAUUGAAAUGUUUUAACCCUUCCUACACUGAAAGGAGUUAGUGCAUUGUUGCACUUUAGCAUCUGUAAGUACUGCACAUGUUACAGGUGGUUUAGUUUUACUGUGGGAAAGACAUGUUCAUUUAAAUGCUUUCAAUUUUACUAGAUUUCUAAAUUCACGGAGCAAUUUAAAAAUACACGAGAAGAAAUUAUCUAUUUUUUAAUAUAGUGAUUAAUCCAAGAAACAAAAAUGCAAAAAAAAAUGUAUAUGUGUUUAAGUAAAAUAAAAUAAAAAGUAAUCAUUUGUAUUGGUAUUAUGCUCACAGCAGGGCUGAAUGGAAAAUUUCAAUCUAACGUGACAAAUUAGAUUUGAAAAAAGUGUUUUUUUUAAAACAUAAUACAAAAAAAUUGUCAGUGACGAUGGCUGUCAAAGUGACAUUACAAAGGUGAAUUUUUGGGGAAUUUUGUAAUGUUGUUUUUUUUUUUCUUAUUAGUAACACAUAAUUUAUAAAUGGCAAGAAAAUAUUUUCUGUAAACAUUGCAUGAACCGGACUUCUGAAAUAGUGCACUACUGCCUAUGUUGGCCCUUGUAUUCUGCUCUCUGUCAGUCAUAAUGAAUGGCAAUGAGGUACCAGGGUGAUGAUAGCUGUUUUUAAUUUCAGAGGUUUUGCCACCUCAGUGCUGUGGUAUGUGUUUUGGGAGAAGAAGCAGUGCAUUGUGGUACUUUGCUUUCUCUACCAUUCACUGAAUGGGCUACAUAUUUUUUUUUUGUUUGUGCCUUUUUAUAUGUCAACUGCUCUGUCUUUGUAAUUUCUUUUAUUUUUUAAUGCAAUAAAAUUAAUUGUUUCAUUAAAAGAGAUUAUAUGUAAAGUUUUGUUGUUUGUGGAUUUUUUUAUUUUUAUUUUGUGGAUAUUUGUGGAGCGGGAGUAUGAAUCAGAUAAUGCAUAUACAUGCUGCUAGUCAGUGACCAAAUUUAUGG